CACAACCCACCGACCCGCCAUACAAGAAGAGCACCCCUGCACCCGAGAGCACCAACAACCUAACAACAUCCUGCUGCCUUGCUGCUGCUCUGCUCGCAUCACACCAGAGCCAGGACAAUAUUCUUUGCCCUCUCUGUCCUUCCCUACUCUUCUAAUCUUGUGUUUGCCCUGUAAUUCUUUGAGACCAGCGGAUGAUGGGUGCAACGAAAGAGCAACCGCCGGCAGGCCGGCGUUUCCCUAAAUUUCCUGCCAUACGCCCCACCACAACCCCUGCCUACAGCAAUGCCACAGUAACACAACAAGUGGCCAGCCAAGCGGUGCCGUUGCUGCAGCGACACAGAGAUGACACACCAGCACACCAGCCAGAGCCGAAAGGAACAGAACGGAUCACAGCAUUGCUGCAGCACACACUAUCCAAAGGUCUUUGCAUCGUGUGGUGAUGGGGACCGCACCACAGCCAGGCAUCCAGGCAGCACAUGAACCUGGUUGCCAGCGUGCCAAAGCUCCACCCUCUUGAGUCCAAAGCUGACACAGCAACAACCCACCAAAACGACAACAUCAAGGGCGGCAGCAUCAACCAGUCAGCGAAACCCCUGCAGCACCCAAUAUGAUGAACAAGGGUGGAUAUACUAUGGCAGACUGCCGUGCUGUGCUGAAACCCACGUAUUGUCUUGUGUGGCGUGACGGAGGCAAGCAUGAGCAGCAGCAGGCUACUCGGCUAGAUUGCAGGAGUGCCAUGAUUAUCUUUUCCUCUCGUCCUGUCUCAUGGCACAACGAUGCUUCUUUGCGGCCGCAGAAGAGAGAGCUCUUGUUUGGUCGCGCUGGUUGUCUCGUUGUCUGUCUUUGAGCUGCUGUCUUCGCCUCCUGCCGUGUGCAGGUGAAUUGGCGAAGGUGAGAUAGGUUGUUUUGCCUCCGUUUUGUUUUUGUCUCCUCUAGUGGUAGAGUGGUGAACUGGUGAAGGAAGCAGGGUGCUAUGGCGGUUGCUCUUGUCUCCUCCCUUUCUCCCUCUUUUUCUUCCUUUAUUGCCAUCGUUCCUUAGUUCCUUGUUCCUUUCUUCAUGCAGAUGUCUAGAUGUUGCUCGUGUGUUUAUUUAUUCCAUGCUGUCCAUGGGAUCUCAGGACCUCCUCUUUGUGCCCUUCCUGCCUUGUCGGCCGCACCCCUGCACCCUCCUAGCCUCCUUGUUCUUCUUUAUUUUUUUUAUUUUUUUGUAUUUUGAGCUGCUGGCCGCCACCCGCAGCUUCCCACUGCCUGCUUGCGGCUGGCAAAGGGACAAGGCUACCUACUACAGCGAGCGAUGCAUGCAGUGCCUCGUCGUUGUGUCUUGCCGCUUGCUUGCUUUGCUUCUUUGCUUGGCAACACCAGACACACGCACGCGCAACAAUUUUUUUGGUUUCGUGUUUUGUUCCACACGACGGCGUGAUGGCAUGCAAUGACACGGUGUGACAUGUGUUUAUCCUGUCUCAUCCUCUCUGAGAAGCAAACAAGAAGCGAAGCAAGGUGUUGCAGAAGCACAAGAAGGCUCGGAGGAAGAUGCUCAGACGUGCUUGCAGAAGAGAGGGCGUGGCGGUUCUACUUACUUUCGCUUUGCGCCGAUGAGGACACUCCACGAUAUGAUGUGGUUGAUCGUGCUGCCCGUUGCUUGAUCUCUCUCGACUUGCUCCGGCGUGUGGGGAGCAUGGCACAACUAGCGUACAAGCUGCAGUGAAAGGCGAGCGACACCAGGCAAAGGGGAUCACGACAGCAGGUCCCCUUGCUCCAUGAGCGCACUACAUAACUAUGUGGCUCAGUGCAGGUGGCUCAGU